AUGGUGACAGUCGGCUGUGGUUCUCCUGUGGAGGUUCUGGGAGCAGCUGAGUUUGGUAGAGGGGAGGGUCAGGUGUGGUCAGAGGUGCUUCAGUGUAGAGGAAACAAAUCUCAGACUCACUUCUGUCCAAAAUCAUCUUCACUCAAACACAACUGCUCCCAUGAUAAUGAUGUGGGACUGGUGUGUGCAGGAGUCCUGCUGGUUAAUGGCUCUCGCUGCUCUGGAAGAGUGGAGGUUCUUCAUGGUGAGAGCUGGUUCACAGUGUGUGAUGCUGACUUUAACCAGCAGGGUGCAGAGGUUGUGUGUCGGGAGCUGGGCUGUGGUUCUCCUGUGGAGGUUCUGGGAGCAGCUGCUUUUGGUAGAGGGGAGGGUCCGGUGUGGUCAGAGGAGCUUCAGUGUAGAGGAAACGAAUCACAGAUUCACUUCUGUCCAAAAUCAUCUUCACUCAAACACAACUGCUCCCAUGAUAAUGAUGUGGGACUGGUGUGUUCUGACAGUGUGAGGUUGGCGGAUGGUGGCAGUCGCUGUGCUGGAAGAGCAGAGGUUUUUCACAGAGGACAGUGGGGAACAAUUUGUGGUGCUGGUGCAAAUUUCAUAGCGGGUUUUGUCAUGUGUAAAGAGUUGGGCUGUGGAGAGCCGUUUAGGACUGAUGCAGCUGUUCCAGGAUCUGCACCGAUCUGGAUGAGUCAUGUGAAGUGUACUGGAUCAGAGUGAACACAACUGUAAUCAUAAUAUGGAUAUUGAGCUUACCUGUUCAGGUAUGUUUUAAUUAGACAAAAACUGUAAUACGUACGUAUUACAUGUAUUACAUUUGUGAACUUUCUGAGAAUGUUUCGACACAUCAUAGACAAAAUCAAAUCAGAGAUCAUAUGAUGGAAUGUCACUGUUUUGUAUACCUAUUCCGUAUUAAAUAUUCUAUUACAUAGUAAAUUCUGACAGUUACAGCUAAUGUGAGAAGCAGUGAUGUUUUUUUUAACAUUUGCUUUGACUUUUAUUUAAUUGCUGAAAAUAUUAACCCAAGAUAUUGUAUAGUCAGUUUCAUUUUGUUUGAUAAAAUUUAAUUUAAUAAAAAAGGGUCUGCAGUACUGAUUUGCUAGAGCACAACAUUUGUUUUCGAAAUUGUAACCUGAAUGAAACAAAAUGCAUUAGUCCUUUCCACUUCCAGACAACUUCUCAAACACUUUAUGUGCCAAAACAAAACCAGUCAACACACUGUAAUUAGAAACAUAGUGCCAUUUCCAGCUUAACAAUUUAGUGCUGGACGAUAUGACAAAACUUAUGUCAAAAUAUAUUAAUUUUAGUCGAUGUGUUAUCGUUUUGAUAUAAAUGUGUACAGCUCAACUGAACAACUUCCUGAUGUGUACAUUAUCACACACUGAGAUUGCCAGACUAUGGUAUUCUAUACCACUCUGCUGUUUCGCUUAAAAAAAUCAGUCAGUAAAGAUGCUGUAAAUACUGUACAUAUCUUAAAAAAAAUGUUAUAAAUUGAUGCUCCUUUAUUCGUAUGCAAAUUACAAAAAAUGUCACACAUGCCAGAUAUUCUAGGCUACUCUAAAAUAGUUAACAUUUUUACAUUUAUUAUUACAAUAACAGCUUAAAUGCUUUGCUGUGUAAUAAUAAAAUAUACCAGCCCUGCUUAAAAUGAUUAAAAAUAAUAUGCAAAUAUGGACAGAAUUAAGAUAUCAAAUAUGGACAGAAUUUAGAUAUUUAAUUAUAUUUUGACCAACAAAAAAGGUCAGAAUAAAAAAAAAUGUUUGUUUUUUUUAUUGUUUUUCUAUAAAUCUUUUGUUAUGAUUUUCAAAAUGGCGGAUUAGCCACUAUGGCUAUUUGGCGAUGCCAACUGUUUUCCUAGCUAAAUUAAUCUGUAUUAUUAACAUGGAUGAAUUGGAUAGAUUAUGUGGUUUGAUAUGAUCUGUGAACUGGGAUCUAGCGUCGGAGGUCAGAGGGCACAAAGUAGGGUAAUUAAUGAGCAGUAUUUUUGUUAUUUGUGUUCAUUUUUUUAUUCAUUAAUGAAGUGAACAUGUUAAUUUGACAACUCUAGUAUUUUUUCAUCUCAUUACUAGCCUUCUGUUUUGUUUAGCAUUUGUCUAUUAUACAAGUCUUUAUUUAAUCUGAUUGUGAGAGAGAGAGAGAGAUUUAACAUUUUUGCAUUACACACAGAUCACAGGACAUCCAGACUUGCUGAUGGUCCUCAUGUUUGCUCUGGGAGAGUGGAGGUUUUUCAUGGAGCGUCUUGGUUCACAGUGUGUGAUGCUGACUUUGACCAGCAGGAUGC